AUGUCUGAGAAACCAUCUGUGCCAGACCUUGAAGCCAUGGCAGUUUCUGGACUUCUUAAGAAGUUUAAGCGCUUGAGACUCUUUGAGCCCUCCGUGGGUGUUCUAGGAUUCGUAAUUGUUACUGUCGGCGUGAUUUGUUGCUUCUUCUACUUGGAUUACAGAGAAGUGGCUAAAGGGUUCCUAUUUCUCGGUCAGAGAGAGAGGUUCGUGAGGUUGAAGAUCAAAGGGUCCGGUGAGGACCAAAGGGUUGGGUUUCUUGAACAAAAGGGUUGCCGCUGUGAUGUAUUUGAAGGGGAUUGGGUGUGGGAUGAGAACAAUAUUCCGUUGUAUCAGUCCAAAGACUGCAGAUUUUUAGAUGAAGGAUUUCGGUGUUCGGAGAACGGGAGACCUGAUUUGUUUUACACUAAGUGGAGAUGGCAACCUAAAGAUUGCAACAUGUCAGGUUCUCAGUAG